AUGACGACGCCGUCGCCGCAGAUUGCGACGCUCCGGCGUCGAACAAUGGCGACGCGCGACGCCCUCGCGGCGUUCUGCGCCGCGUCGGCGCGCGACGACGACGCGACAUCGCUCGCGGACGACGUCGCGCUCGCCGAGAUCGCGCGCGCGAUCGCGGACGGCGCGCGCGCGGUUUUAGACGUCGUCGUCGACCUGGAAGGAUUUCUCACAGCGACCGAGCCAAAGCCGCGGGCGCGGGCGACGGAAAUCCUCGCGCACGUCGCCGAAGAGUGCGCGAUGACGCUGGAUGAUCGCGCGGUGCGCACGCUGAGCGCGUUCUUCGCGUCGAGGUUGAGCGAUUUCGCGUCGACGGCGAGCGCGGCGCGCGGCGCCGAGGCGUUGGUGAAGCGAGCGAACGCGGAGGCGAUCGAAGCGACGUCGAGGGCACUUUUCGCGGAGUGCGACGUGCAGGGGUUGAGACAAAGCGAUAGGGAAGCGUGCGUGCGGUUGGCGAUCGAAAUGCUGCGGAGUGCGCACGCUGGGGCGUGCGCGCGCGGGGCGGGGGACGGGGAGCCGAACGAGGCGUUGGCGAGAAUAAUCGGCGCGUUCGAUGGGGAGAAGGAUCCUAGGUGCGUGUUGGGAUUGUGUGAGGUGUGGACAUUGUUGCCAGGGGCGUUUGAGCGGUUCGGGGAGGGUGGAAAGGCGGUGUACGAGGAGAAUGCGGAGGAAUUGUACGACGUCGCGGCGAGUUACUUUCCAGUGAGUUUCAAGCCGCCGAGAGGGGAUUCGAUUAAGAUUUCUCGUCGCCAACUCGCGGAGGCGGUCGAACGCGCGAUGACGGCGUCACCAACAUUCGCACCGUGGGCCGUCGCGCACGCGUUGGAGAGUUUGAACCCUGAACUAGGUCCGGGGAAGAUGGCGGACGCCGCGCGCGCGGUUCGCGCGAUGGGCGAACGUUUCGGCGCGAGCGUCAUGGAAGAAUACAUGGGUAUCGUUUGGCAAGCCAUGCGCGCCGCAUUGGCGCAUCCCAACGCGACGAAGAUGGAAGAAGACGACGACGUGCAGGCGACGACGCCGAUGGCGGUGAUGACGACGAUGUUUGCCAGCGAAUUCACUCGCGGCACGCUCGCGCGCGCGGCGUUGACGGAUCAAUGCGUGCGCGACGCCGAAGUGACUUUGCGUCGCAUGGCGAACGACAGCUCGUCGGAUGACGUCGACGGCGCGUGCGCGAUGGAGACCUCAGACGAGGGGUGCUGUGGCGGUGGUUGCGGCGGUGGGAGUAAGUCGUCCGGCGAAGAAGCGGCGAGGGGAAAACUCGUCGUUGCGACGGCGAGUCGCGUGCUCGGUGCGGUUGCCGCGGCGACCCCCACACUCGCGCAUGAUGUCAUACACGGCACUUUAAAGUCACUUCUCGACGCCGCGAAGAUUCCACGCGAAAUAGAUGGACUUCAUUCGUCCAAAGCGGCGUACUUGGCUCUCAUUCUUGCCACGCCCGCGCUCGGCGGCGCGUUGGAUUGCUGCGAACGGAACGCCGAAUCAAGUGUGCACAUGAGCGUCUUGGACGAUGAAAGUGAACGGUUGGUGGGGCUGUUUGCCGACGCAGCGCUGGGAAAGAUCGAAUCCCCGAGCUUUGACGAAGGCAUCGUUUUAGGUUUAGCAGGAUUGCACAUGUUGUGCAAGUUUCCAUACAGAUUCGGUCUGGCGAGCGCUGAGUCGCGAGUCGCCGUGGCGAGCAAGCUAUUCGAUGCGAUGAUGGCGCAACACGUAAACGAGUCCGAGGCCGAUAUCGAAGUGCGCAUUGAGCGUUCGAUCGAUGCGCUCGUCGCCGCAGCGAGCGGUGCGGACGCAAAACUCGUUGACGCGAUGUCGACGGGCGCCGUCGCUCUCCUUGCAGACAAAGUGACAGUUACGAAUUUGCAAACCGUCGAAGCGACGCGAGCGAUUCGUGCCCUCUGCGCCCUCGCGGCAGUAAAUCAGAUGAUUCGAAACGACGUCGCGCGAUUGUUUUGCGGCGUUGUGCGUGAUGCUAUCGAGAUUGGUUCGCCGAAUGCCGAGGAUCUGGUGUCCGCGAUGUGCCGCGACGACGACGGUGUACUGACGCGGUUUGUUUCAUCCGACGAAGCACAGCGAGCGUGCGCCGAUCUCACCACAUUUUGUCUCGCGCGUGAUCCUGCCACAACUGCAGAGUCCACCGUGCGCGUCGUCGCGAGCGCGGUGGCGAAUUGUGACGACGCGACGCAAGCGCGAUUCGCCGCCGAAGCCGUCGCGCUCUCGCGCGAAAAGCCGCUGAUGGCUUGCGCGGUGAUUUGUGGACUACGACCGCAAGCGGCGUUCGAAGCGACACACAUGGUGGCCGCUCUCGACGAAUUAACGCGCUCGCGCGGCGACCGAGGAUUCUCGAUGUUCGUCGCCGCCGCCGUCGGUUCGGCGACGCACAAAUUCCCGAGCGUGGACUUCGCGCCACCUAUGGAAGACUUGACGGACGAGCGCACGACUUUCGUUCUCGGUGCGUGCUUGCGCGCGCGAGCGAUGCGUCGAGACGAUUCGUCGCCAUCUGAUGCGCUGGUUUCGUGUCUCGUUCGCGCUCUCGACGACAGUUCGUCGCCUGAAGCGUCGAGAGGCGCGGCGAUGGCGUUGAGCAUGGCUGUGGGAUUCAGCGCUGCGCAUCGCGACAUCGGGCUAGGUUUGAAGUCUUCGACUCACGCGAGCGAAAAGUUCCUCGCGUGUCAACGUUUCUUCACGAAAGUUGCGCCGACUUUGAUCAAGGGCGCGUACGAAGCCGUGGGCGCGAAGCGCUUGUCGAGAUCUUACGCAGUCGUCAAGCUCGCCAGCGGCGUCGCCCCAUCCGUGGCACUCAGUUCGCAGUUCAACCUGUUCCCGCUGUUACCAGACGUGUUACACGCACUCACCGUCGGUACGCUCGCCGGUGACGACGACGCCGUGCGCGCGGCGCUCCUCCUCGUCGGCGCGCGACUCGCCGAGCCCGCACUGUACGAUGCCGGCAGCGAAGGCGCGACGGAGCAGAACGCCGUCGCUCUCAUCGACGCCCUGUGCGCCAUCGCCACUGCAACGAGCACAAUGUCCAUGGAGUGUCGGGAGCACGCCCUCGAUGCUCUCGUCGCGGCGUCGACGCUCAAGUUCAGCGCCGUGUACCCGAGUCGCCGGCGCGCGCUCGACGCCGCCGUCGUCGCGUGUGACGAUCCUAAACGUCGCGUCCGCCGCGCCGCCGCGCGAGCGCGACAGGUAUGGCUCAAAUUAAUGACCUCUACUUAG